AUGCAAAAUUCGGACAAUUCAGAUGAAUAGUAUAGUGAUGAUCAAUAAGAGUCUCCUCGGUUUCUGUAUAACUUCAGGGAAUUAAAUCUGCAGAACAAAAGUUUACUUGGAGAAAUACGAAUCAUUUGCAGAAAUCUCAUUUAUGUGAUUGGUUUGGCUCCUACUUUGGCCAAAGAGGAAGUAUGCUAUAUCAUUUUAGGCAAGUUGCUUAGAAAACCAGAAUAUUUUGGAUAAUAUGGAUAGAUUUAAAAAUUGA